AUGACUAAAAAAGCGCUUGUUUUUAUUGCUAAUGGAAGUGAAGAAAUUGAAGCAGUAACAACAAUUGAUGUACUUCGAAGAGCUGAAAUCGAAGUUGAUGUUGCAUCAAUUGAAAAAAAUGGUCAUGAUGUUAUAAAAUGUAGUCGUAAUGUUCGUAUUGUACCUGAUAAAUCAUUGGAUGAUAUCAAAAAUAAUCAAUACGAUUGCGUUGUUAUUCCUGGUGGCAAUGAUGGAUUAUUUAUUAAUAGAUUUUAUUUUUCUUCUAUUUUAAAAUUAGGAUCAAAAGUAAUGGCUGCUAAUGCUGAAGUCGGACAAAUUUUAACAAAACAUUAUCAAGAUGGAAAAAUUGUUGCUGCUAUUUGUGCUGGACCACGAGCAUUAUUAUCUCAUAAAAUUGGUGUUGAUCAUAAACAUACAAUAACAUGUUAUCCAACUGUACGUAAAGAAUUUACUGAUGGUGAACCAUAUAAACUUGAUGCACCUGAACAUCUUGUUUGUCAUAGUAAACAUGCAGAAGAAGGUGGCGAAAAACGAGAAUAUCAUCUAGUUACAAGUCAAGGACCUGCUACAACAAUGGUUUUUGCAUUGAAAUUAAUUGAACUUCUUAAGGGCAAAGAUGAAGCAACAAAAGUUAAAGAUGGAUUACUUGUUUAA